AUGGCUUCCACUUUAAAACCAGAAACUUUAGUCAAGAAAUCUAAGGCUCAACAAAAGACCGCCGAAGAACGUGCUGCCGCCAAGGUUGUCCGUCAAGCUUCCAACCAAGAAAAGCGUAAGAUCAUCUUCGACAGAGCUGCUGCUUACCAAAAGGAAUACACCGAUGCUGAACGUGCUGUCAUCAAGGCUAAGCGUGAUGCUAAGGCUGCUGGUUCUUACUACGUUGAUGCUCAACCAAAAUUAGUUUUCGUUGUCAGAAUCAAGGGUAUUAACAAGAUUGCUCCAAAGCCAAGAAAGGUUUUACAAUUAUUAAGAUUGACCCAAAUUAACGCUGGUGUUUUCGUCAGAUUAACCAAGGCCACUUCUGAAUUAUUGAAGUUAGCUGAACCAUACAUUGCUUACGGUUACCCUAACUUAUCUACCAUCAGACACUUAGUCUACAAGAGAGGUCACGGUAAGAUUAACAAGCAAAGAAUCGCUUUAUCUGACAAUGCUAUCAUUGAAGCUAACUUAGGUAAGUACGGUAUCUUAUCUAUUGAAGAUUUAAUCCACGAAAUCUACACUGUUGGUCCAAACUUCAAGCAAGCUAACAACUUCUUAUGGCCAUUCAAGUUAUCUAAUCCAAACGGUGGUUUCAGAACUAGAAAGUUCUUCCACUUUAUCCAAGGUGGUGACACCGGUAACAGAGAAGAAUUCAUUAACGCCUUAGUUAAGCAAAUGAACUAA